AUGUCCGACCCUAGCGAUCAGAGCGAAGAACAGUCGUCGAACAAAGACCGCACGUCGGAUUCGGAAAAAACCGACGACGACGUGUCGUUCAAAGACAGAAUGAAAAAGAAAAUGUCAAAGACCCAGUCCAAGUCCACUAAGUCCAAGUCGAGGAUCAUGAACGUGAAAAAGAAAAAAUCGGACACGAACGCGGAUGGCGGCGCGGCGGAGAUCGCCGAUCUAAUAGAAGCCAUCGUGGUGGCCAACGUCAGUCUCGUGGAUUUAAAAGAAGGCUAUUAUAGCGAUUUGCGGUACUUGGUACCGCCGCCCGAACAGAACAAAAACCAUCUGGAAUGUCAGGGGAUCGUGAACAGAAAACUGCGUGAAAUGCACGACGCGAUCGACGAAAUAAACAGGACGCUGGACGCCGUGAACCUUUCCGUGUUCGAGUGCAAUCGCCUGCCGUCCGAAGUAUCGGAAUCGCCCACGGUCAGCGAUCUGGCGAAAUGCGCGAAAAUGCCGCUCAGAGGUCGACUGUUAAAACCGGACACGGGUAUCACGAUGAAGACCUAUCGUCAUAAAAAGAAAAAGUAA